AUGAAAGCUGAAAACCACACAGGGGUAGCACAAUUCUUCCUCUUGGGCCUUUCAGAUGAUCCAGAACUUCAGCCCCUUCUCUUUGAGCUGUUCCUGUCCAUGUACCUGGUCACAGUGCUCGGGAACCUGCUCAUCAUCCUGGCUGUCAUCUCCGACUCCCACCUCCACACCCCCAUGUACUUCUUCCUUGCCAGCCUAUCCUUUGUGGACAUCUGUUUCACCUCCACCACUAUCCCAAAGAUGCUGGUGAACAUCCAGACACACAACAAAGGUAUUUCCUAUGUACAGUGCUUAACUCAGGUUUAUUUUUUUGUUACUUUCCUGGGAAUGGAUAAUUUUAUUUUGACAGUGAUGGCCUACGACCGCUUUGUGGCCAUCUGCCACCCCCUAAGAUACAGACUUAUCAUGAAUCCUUGGCUCUGUGGACUCCUUGUUCUGAUGUUUUGGGUCAUCAUGUUAUGUGUCUCCCUUACUGCUGUUCUUCUAAUGGUACAAAUCAACUUCUCUACAGGCACUGAAAUUCCUCAUUUCUAUUGUGAACUGGCUCAGGUUCUCAAGGUGGCCACAUCUGAUACACUCAUCAAUAAUAUCUUUAUGUAUGUGGCCACUGUCCUGAUAGCUAUGUUUCCUGCAUCUGGGAUCAUCUUUUCUUACUCUCAGAUUGUCUCCUCCUUGCUGAGGAUGUCCUCCACUGCAAGCCGGUAUAAAGCCUUUUCCACCUGUGGGUCUCACCUUAGUGUGGUCUUACUGUUCUAUGGAACAGGACUUGGAGUUUACCUGAGUUCUGCUGGGAACCAUUCUUCACAUGAAAGCUCUGUUGCCUCUGUGAUGUACACUGUGGUGACCCCCAUGCUGAACCCCUUCAUCUACAGCCUGAGGAACAAGGAUGUGAAGGGGGCCCUGAGGAAACUCCUCUGCAGAGUAGCCUGUGGCUCUUUAUGGACCAGUGACGUCAGAAAGAAGAGGAUGUUACAAACCCUCAGGAAACUGCUGUGA